GAAAAGGCUAAAAUGUCUGUCCUGUAGUUGAAGUCUAUAAACUUGGUAAAGCUGAACAUUCGAUUCUAAUAAAAUACAAUGGCUAGCUUAGGAAAAGCCGGAGGUUUAGUGAGAAUCCUGACAGGAAGUCUACCAAAAUCUUCACCUGUUUUGACUUCUGUUCGAUUUAAUCAAACCGAUGCAAAGAAAGAAAAGACCACCUUCGGCAACCUUAAAGAUGAGGAUAGAAUUUUUACAAAUCUUUAUGGAAGACAUGAUUGGAGAUUAAAAGGUGCAAAGUCCAGGGGCGACUGGUACAAAACAAGAGAAAUUAUGGACAAGGGAAUUGAGUGGAUCCAAAAAGAAAUCACUACGUCUGGCCUAAGAGGAAGAGGAGGUGCCGGUUUCCCAACUGGAAUGAAAUGGAGUUUUAUGAAUCGUCCCGACGAUGGAAGGCCAAAAUACUUAGUAGUGAAUGCUGAUGAAGGAGAACCAGGAACAUGUAAAGAUAGGGAAAUAAUGAGACAUGAUCCACAUAAACUUAUAGAAGGCUGUCUUAUUGCUGGCAAAGCAAUGGGAGCUAGAGCAGCAUAUAUUUAUAUUCGUGGCGAGUUCUAUUAUGAGGCAUCGAACAUGAAUGCCGCAAUUAAAGAGGCUUAUGACGCUGGUCUCAUCGGUAAAAAUGCUUGUAAUUCGGGCUAUGACUUUGAUGUUUACAUGCAUCGUGGAGCUGGAGCUUAUAUUUGUGGUGAAGAAACCGCCCUCAUUGAGUCUUUAGAGGGAAAGCAAGGCAAGCCCCGUCUUAAGCCCCCCUUCCCUGCUGACGUCGGCGUUUUCGGUUGUCCUACCACUGUGAACAACGUUGAAACCAUAGCUGUUGCUCCAACUAUUUGCAGAAGAGGUGGAGAGUGGUUUGCUCAGUUUGGAAGGGAUAGAAAUAGGGGAACUAAGCUUUUUAAUAUAUCUGGUCAUGUGAAUAAUCCUUGUACCGUAGAAGAAGAAAUGAGCGUACCUUUGAAAGACCUUAUUGAAAGGCAUGCUGGAGGAGUUAGAGGUGGUUGGGAUAAUUUGUUAGCUAUUAUUCCUGGUGGAAGUUCUGUUCCAUUGCUUCCAAAGAGUAUCUGUGACGAUGUCCUUAUGGACUUUGAUGCUCUUGUUCAGGCUCAAUCCGGUUUAGGAACAGCAGCUAUAAUCGUUAUGAAUAAGCAAGCGGACGUUGUCAGAUGUAUAUCCCGUUUAAUCGAUUUCUAUAAACAUGAAAGUUGCGGCCAAUGCACCCCCUGCAGAGAAGGAGUACACUGGAUGAAGAAAAUGAUGACUAGAUUCGUUACCGGAAACGCUAAAGUUGAAGAAAUCGAUAUGUUAUGGGAAAUAAGUAAACAAAUUGAGGGACAUUCAAUCUGCGCUCUUGGAGACGGAGCAGCUUGGCCCGUACAGGGACUUAUUCGCCAUUUCCGCCCCUUGUUAGAACAGCGAUUCAAAGACUAUGAAAAAUCGCAAGAAUUACAGCAAUCUGCCCAAACUAUUUGA